AUGGAGACCCGCACGCCAAGAGAUCCCAACACGCUGAGCAAUUACCACAAUUAUGUGACGCGGCACACGAGUUUGGAUUUUGAGAUUGAGUUUGAGAGGAAGAGGUUGGUGGGGAGUGUGGUGUUGAGGAUGGAGAGUUUGACAGAUGCGGAGGUGGAUGUUGUGUUGGAUUCGAGCUUUCUCGAUGUCUCCGCCAUCAAAGUCGAUCGCCAGAGCGCUGAGUUCAGCAUUGGAGAGCGCAUCGAGCCGUAUGGCAGUCCAUUGACGAUCAAGCUUCCCGCGGCUGUGCCCAAGGGCAAGACGGUGGAGAUUGAACUUACUGUUGCAACGACAGAGAAGUGCACAGCGCUGCAGUGGAUGGAGCCGGCGCAGACGUCGAACAAGAAACAUCCUUAUAUGUUCAGUCAGUGUCAGGCUAAUCAUGCGCGGUCUGUGUUUCCGUGCCAGGACACGCCAGAUGUUAAGUCGACUUUCAGCUUUGCGCUGCGCUCCCCACUUCCGGUUUUGGCUUCUGGUUUGCCUACUGGGGCGAGCAAGUAUCAGCCGGCAAAGAAGGAUGGUGCGUCGGGAACUCUCAAGUACACCUUUGAACAGCCGGUUGCGAUUACGUCUUACCUCAUGGCGGUUGCUUCGGGUGACCUGGCCUGUGCGUCGAUUGGGCCACGCAGCACUGUAUGGUCUGGGCCUGAAGAGCUUCUGGAGUGUCAGCAAGAGCUUGAGGGCGAGAUCGAGCCUUUCAUGAAGGCUAUUGAGUCGAUCGUCAAGCCUACCUACCAGUGGACACAGUACAACGUGCUCAUCCUACCUCCGUCGUUUCCCUACGGUGGUAUGGAGAACCCUGUCUGGACGUACGCGACACCCUCCAUCAUCUCUGGAGACAAGCAAAACAUCGAUGUCAUUGCACACGAACUGUCUCACUCGUGGUCAGGUAACUUGGUUAGUGCAGCUAGUUGGGAGCACUUCUGGCUGAACGAGGGCUGGACUACCUAUCUUGAGCGACGCAUCCAGGGUGUUUUGCAUGGCGAAUCACACCGUCACUUUUCCGCCAUUAUCGGCUGGAAGGCGCUCGAAGAGAGCAUCGAGCGCUAUGGGGCGGAUCACGACUUCACCAAACUCGUCAUUGAUCUCAAGGGCAAAGACCCAGAUGAUGCGUUCUCUAGCAUCCCUUACGAGAAGGGCUUCCAUGCGCUCUACCAGUUUGAGCUCCUUCUCGGCAAGGACAAGUGGGACAACUUCAUCCCGCACUACUUCGAGACUUUCAAGUUCAAGUCCAUUGACUCGUAUGACUUCAAGGCGUGCCUCAUUGACUUCUUUGCCAAGGACACCGAGGCCAACAAGAAGCUCGCAGAGUUUGACUGGGACAAGCUCUUCUACGCUCCUGGAUACCCACCAAAGCCCGACUUUGACCAGACCAUGGUGAAGAGCUGUUACAAGCUUGCGGACAAAUGGCAGUACCUCAUCACCAACAACUCCUCCAGCGACUUCAAGCCCCACCACUCCGACGUCGCUGAUUGGGUAUCAAACCAAUCCGUCGUCUUUCUCGAGAAAGUCCAAUCCUUUGCAGAAAAAUUCAGCGCCGAGCAAAUCCAUCUCCUCGGCCACACAUACGGCUAUGACAAGACGCAGAACAUCGAGGUCUUGUCAAGGUAUCUGUCUGCUGGACUCAUGGCCAAGGCACCCGAGACGUAUCAGCCUUCAGCAGAGUUGCUAGGACGUAUUGGGCGCAUGAAGUUUGUUAGGCCGAUGUAUAGGCUCUUGGAGAAGGCGGAUAGGAAACUUGCGGUGGAGACGUUUGAGAAGAACAAGGACUUUUACCAUCCGAUUUGUAGAUCGAUGGUGGAGAAGGACUUGUUUGGUGAUGAGAAGAAAUAGUGUGUAGAAAGACUGUACCCAGCAAAAAGCGCGAAGUAUAAAUAAAUCAAGACAUCGAAACUCACAAACG